AUGACCCCAGUGGGACCGGGAGAUCCCCCACUGGUCCGGGUGGAGGUUGGAGCAUGCUGGGCACCCGCCACCAGCCAGGGAACAUGGAGAGCGUCCGUCUUUCCCUGUCCCAGCCAUCCGCAAGCCACAACUUUCGUCCGCCUUGGAACCAUCGACUGCCGAGAUGAAUCAUACAGGUAUGGAGUUCGUGGAGCACUCAGGAGCGUGUAGCCCCUGUUUGGGCAGAUAAAAGUAAGAAUUUGCUGGGAUAUUGGGUAUAAACAGCCUUGUGUUCAUGGAGCUCAGCCCAGGUGCGUCUUGCUUACUCGGCAGUCAGGCUCCGCCCCAUUGCUAAUAAUUUUAAAGCUACACUCCAAGCCUAUGUCUAAAACCUGCUUUAGUGGUUAAGGUGCCGAGAUUAUCCUUGUGCCAUCACAGCAUCAUCCGUGAUACCGAAUUUUUAACUAUUUGCGUUUGACAUUUAAUGGGUCCCUCUGAGUGCAUGAGCUGCUUUUGGUGUACACCAGAUGGAGAAGCUGGAUGUCCAUUUUGUUGAAAACAGGAACUUGUUCGAUAGCAUCAGGCUUCUCCUCUUGAGAAGACCAUAAACAGCCCAGGCACCCAGAGGGGUUAAUGUGAAACAGGUUUACAGAUUACAUUGGGAUGGAGCCAGGACACUCCUUGCAGCAUAACUACGCCUGAUGUUAGUAGUUUGUUUUAAUUUGGCCUCCUGCCAAAUCGUGCUAGGAUGGGAGAGGAGUUGGGAAGACAGGAAAAGAGCAAACAAAAUAUGGAACUUAUUAUUAUUUUUUUUUCUUACUUUCACUUUAGCCUGGCCCUGCAGCAAGUGCUACCAACGUUGGCGCCUCUGGUCGAUCUCCAAGUAAAGCUGUCGCACCCAGAGCUGCAGGAUCUACAGUAAGACAAAGGUACCUUUACAAAUUUACAUUUAUCUAUGAGUGUACACAAAAGCACAUGAUUAAAGAACACUAUAAGGUCAUGAACACAAACCUGUAUUCUUGACCCUAUAGUGUUAAAACCACAAUCUAGCCCCCCAUUACCUCAACAUAUAGUAAAAUCUUACUUGUAUUCAAGACUGCAGCUGCUGGCUCUCCUCCUGUCUGACCAAUCGGCAUCUCCUCAUAGAGAUAAAUUGAAUCAAUGCAUCUCUAUGAGAAACGUUCAGUGUUUGCAUGCAGAGGGUUGAUGCCAUAACAAUGUGAGAUAUUGUGCCAGCAUAGUUCAUUGUAGACAUUUUUCAUAUAUUUUUAACACCUUAAGGACUAGGCAAAGUGUACACGUUGUGAUCGAAACAAAACAUGGAAUUUGACUAUAUGUAUGUCCAACCGUAAUUCACCUCUUUCAUAUUAAGUGCACCCACAUUUAUUAUAUAUCAUUCUUUUCAGGGGAAAUAGGGCUUUCAUUUAACAUCAAAUAUUUAGCUAUGAAACAUCUUUUUUUUUUUUAGUUCUACAUGACAUUUUUAACUGUGAAUGUCAUAAUACUGCUUUUAUUGCAAUAAAACACACAUUUGUAUUCAGCGAUGUGUCACUUGUAAAACAGUACCCCCUAUGUACAGGUUUUAUGGCGUUUUGGGAAGUUACAGAGUCAAAUAUAGCAUGUUACAUUUUUUUUUAGUUUUUUCACAUUGAAUUUCACCAGAUUGGUUACGUUGCCUUUGAGAACGUAUGGUAGCCCAGGAAUGAGAAUUACCCCCAUGAUUGCAUACCAUUUGCAAUAGUAGACAACCCAAGGUAUUGCAACUGAGGUAUGUCCAGUCUCUUUUAGAAGCCACUUGGUCACAAACACUGGACAAAAUUGGCAUUCAAAUUAGUUUUAUUUUUUUUUUUUCAUUUUUUCACACACAUACAAAUAUUAACACCAAUUUUGGCCAGUGUUUGUGACCAAGUGGCUUCUAAAAAAGACUGGACAUACAUAAUUUGCAAUACCUUGGGUUGUCUACUAUUGCAAGUGGUAUGCCAUCAAUUUUUAUUCCUGGGCUACCAUACAAUCUCAAAGGAAACGUAACCAAACUGGCAAAUUUCAAUAUGAAAAAACUAAAACGCAGGCCUUAUAUUUGACUCUGUAACAUUUCAAAAAACACCAUAAAACCUGUAAAUGAGGGUUGCUGUUAUACUCUGGAGGCUUCGCUGAGCACAAAUAUUAGUGUUUCAAAACAGUAAAAUGUAUCACAACAAUUAUAUCAUCCAUUUGUGUGUGAAAAAUGCAACAAAUGUCACUUUCACUGAUGAUAUCCUUGUUGUAAUAUAUUUUACUGCUUUGAAACACUAAUAUCUGUGUUCAGUGAAGUCUCCCGAGUAAAACAGUACCCCCCAUGUACAGGUUUUAUGGUGUCUCGGAAAGUUAUAGGGUUAAAUAUAGUGCUAGCAAAUUAAAUUCCCUGGACUUUCGGCCUGGGUUGUCAGGCAGGUCCCGCAAAUUGUAAAUAAUAAAAUGACCUAAUUAUGUAAAAAUAUUUGUGUGUGUGUGUGUGUAUGUAAAAUAUAUAUAUAUAUAUAUAUAUAUAUAUAUAUAUAUAUAUAUAUAUAUAUAUAUAUAUAUAUAUAUAUAUCGUGCUAUGCUGCCCACUGGCUUUUAGAGCCGGGUCCCCAAGGACGGCAUAGCAUGCACGCCGUCGUUAAGGAGUUAAUUCCAUGGACGUCAAAAUUGUUUUUAAUUUGUUUGUGCAUGAAUAUCUUUUUUUUAAUUGUUAUAUUUGUUUUCAAAGGAAAAAUGCAAGUAGCAGUACCAGAAGUGCAGGACGCACCACAUCAGCAGGAACAGGAGGCAUGUGGAGGUUCUACACUGAGGAUUCACCAGGUCUUAAAGUGUAAGUGAAUAUUCAUUUUGCUGAUGUUUACACCAUAUGAAAAAUGUACUAUAUGUAUCAUAACCACUAAAGCCCAUUGUUUGGUAAUGUGGCAAUCAAUUAUGCAAAGAUUUGCCUCUUACCUGUGUCCUGCCAGUUGCUGAUCUUCCUCUGUUAUCUGAAUUACAUCUUUCUUCGGCAGGAGCUAGAUGCUUAACAUGCCAGACAUGCAUUGGCUGAGGAAGUCAGCUGAGCACUCUCAGCCAUUGAAUGUCUGGAAAAUGAAUAGAAACUGAAUUGAUAUUUACCAGCCCAAAACCCUUGCUCUGUGUUGACUAAUGAGUGUGCGGGUGGUAGUGUUACACAACAUUUUCAUUAAAAAAAAUAAAAAAAAAUAUUUGUGAUACUAUGCCAAAUUUCUACCUGCAGCCUCCUUCUGUAACAUAACUUAUAUUUAUAGAAUUAACUGUAGGAGCCUGGAAUAAGCGUUCUAGACUGCUAAUUACCCUGCCAGAUGUGGAGUGUUUCAUUAAUGCGAACUUCAAAAUAUAUAGUGUCAUGGAAAAGGAAAGUACACUUUUUGAAUUCUUUGGUUUUACAUAUCAGGACAUAUCAAUGAUCUGUUCCCCUCACAGGUCUUCGUAUUGGGUAAAUACAACCUCAGAUGAACAACAACACAUGACAUUCCACCGUGUCAUGAUUUAUUUAACAGAAAUAAAGCCAAAAUGGAGAACUUGUGUAGUAAAACUAAGUCCACCCUAACUGCUUAUUGAAUUAAGAGGCGAAGUAGCAGAUAGGUACUAGUAAUCUGAAAGGGUCCUUAGGGCGUUAAAUGUGAUACUAAACUGCUUGUAGUUUUAUGUUAUGCUCUCAACAUUAAUUCAUAUUAUUUCUUCCUAUAGUUAUUGUCCAAAUAAUGUUACACUUCUCUACUAUUAAUAGUAUUCUUUAUUAUCUUAAAUAUGUUUGUAUAUUUAUAUAUAUAUAUAUUUUUUUUUCUCUGUAUUUUCAGUGGACCAGUUCCUGUGUUAGUGAUGAGCCUCCUGUUCAUAGCUUCUGUCUUCAUGUUGCACAUCUGGGGUAAAUACACACGUUCUUAA